AUGUCGUCCGAGGAAAGCUACUUGGCCAUCAUACGCUAUCUGACUGAUGAACGGGAGCCAUAUGCGCCGGGGACGCCUGGCAACACCAAGAGAAAAAUACGCAAAGCGGCUACCUGCUACGUUGUGCGAAACGGCACUUUGUUUUAUCAACGUCGACUGAAGGGCCAGAAUGAUUUCACGGAGCUGGAGGUGGUGCUGCAGGACGGCCGGAGGAAGGAACUUAUCAACGAGGCGCACAUCAUCAUGGAAGGAGGGGAGCACCUCAACCAGCAACUCACCUGGGAGACCAUCUCUCAGAAGUACUGGUGGAGAGGUAUCCUGAAACAUGUGAAAGACCACAUCAGAGAGUGUGCUCAGUGUCAGAGCAGGCGCAGUGCUGAUGACAGCGCUGGGCCUCGACUGUUCUCCCGGCCCGGGAAACGCAGGGCGGCUGCCAGCACCAAUGGUGACGAGGAUGAGGAAGGGGAGGAAGAAGAGGGAGAUGAUAGUUUGGUCUUCACUGACUCAUCUUUUCAAAUGAGAUCCAAGUUGGCCAAGCAUGAACUGGUCUUUGUGGACAGCAAGGGGGAGGUGAAUCAGUUCCUGCCCAAACACAGCCAAACAAUGUUGGACAAACUCAACCAGCAGCGCAUCAGCAAUCAAUUCUGUGACAUCACCCUGCUGAUCGAAGGAGAGGAGUACCGUGCACACAAAGCUGUCCUGGCAGCAUGCAGCGAAUACUUCAACGAGCUCUUUUUUGAGAAGGGCGCUGCCUCCACACAUGAAGCUGUGGUUGACCUCUCCGGUUUCACCAAAGCCAGCUUCCUCCCGCUGCUGGAUUUUGCGUACACUUCUACGCUGACGUUCAAUUUCUGCGUCAUGGCAGAUAUUGCCAACCUAGCUCGGCAUUUGCUGAUGACCGAGGUGCUGCAGAUAUGCGAGUCUGUGCAUAAGCAGGUGGAGGAACAGAAGCUGACGGUGUAUCAAAGAGGAGACGUGCACACUGUGGUGUCGAGCCAACCGGCUGCUCCGGAGGACUUUAAGGGAGAAUCUGGUGCCUACGUGGUCACCAUAGAGAGCGACGGCAGGGCGGUGGUCACCCAGAGUGCCGUCGCCUUGACAGGCGAGCCCUUAGCUUUUGUUGCACCCGCUGAGGAGGCCUACAUCCAGCAGCCGAUGACAGUCAUUGCUGAAGCUGUAGAGGGAGACACAGUGCAUCAUGGGGAGGCUGGACAAAAUGAAACCGUGACUCUGAUCACUCACAGUGGACAGGCUGAGCCAGGAGAAACCGUUACUCUCAUCUCCCGCAGCGCAGAAGGAAUGGAGGGGGAGACGAUGACCGUGGUCACCCACAGUGGACAGGCGGGAGCCAGCGACUCUCUCGCCGUGGUGUCAGCCUGCCUGGCGAUGGAGCAGCCACAGGCCGCGGAAGCGGGAGCCUUUGUUAUAAACGUGGACCCAGGCAAAGUGAGCCCGUCAAAGGUCGUCGAACUGGCAUCCACAGCCGCCUCCGAAACAGUGGCGUCGCCUCCGGAGACGGGAGAAUCAGCACCCACACCCCAGAAACGUAAGCGAGGGCGUCCAGCCAAGGUGAAGAAGGACGUGGAGGUAGACGAGUUUGUGCCCCUAGACGAGGAGGAUCCCUCUGCUGAUGAAAGCCACGGAGACAAGCAAGAGGUGAUGUCAGAUGACCCUAACAGAAGACGACUCAGGCAGCGCUCUAUUGCCGAGGGCGGUUAUGCACGUUUACAUAUGGGGCUGGAGGAUGAAGAGGAGGGGAAGAAGGGUACAACCCCUCCGCGUGCUGCCACCCCUAAGGUGGCUCCGAGGCCAGGUAAGAGGGGGAGACCACCAAAGCAGCCAGCGGAGACUCAAGGUGAAGGACAGUCUGUGUCUGAGUCGGGGGCGGACCCAGAGGCCGGCACAGCGGAGAGCCUGGCGACAGGAGAGCUCGGCACAGACGAGGCUGGGCCGAAGGUUGCAGAGCCUGAGACCCAGACCCAAACUCAGCAGGAAGAAACCCUGGCAGGGAGCGCCGUCGACGGAGAGCACACAUGCUCUGAGUGCGGCAUGUCCUUCCAACGACGCUACGCUCUCAUUAUGCACACAUUAAAACACGAGAAAGCUCGUGGAUACAAGUGCAGUCUGUGUAGUAAGGAGUUCCAGUACGCCGCCUCACUCCGCGCCCACCUGGCCCGACACAAGCAGCAGAGCAGCCAGCGAGCGCCCAUCGCCAAACCCCCAGUAGAACAGAGCUCCGAGGGCAAGGUGGAAAGCGACUUGGACGAGAAGAACUUGUCGCCACACACCAAAAGAGAGUUUGUGUGCGACAUCUGCGGGAAGACGUUGCCGAAGCUCUACUCUCUGCGGAUCCACAUGCUGAAUCACACAGGCGUGCGGCCUCACACCUGCAAAGUCUGCGGCAAGACGUUCGCCCACAAACACAGCCUGAAGAUGCAUAGAGCGCUGCACGAUGUCACCAAACAGUUCCAGUGUACGUACUGUAAGAAGAUGUUUGUGAGCAAGCGGAGCAUGGAGGAGCACACCAGCAUCCAUACAGGUGAAUCAAAGUACCUAUGCAACACAUGUGGAGCAACUUUCCAUCGGGCCUCAGCUUUGAGCAAACACCUGAAGAAGCACCUGCCCAAACCCGACGUCCGUCCAUUUGCUUGUGCUCACUGUGAUAAGAGGUUCUAUGAAUCAAAAGAUCUCCAGCAGCACAUGAACAAGCACAUGGGCCUGAAGCCGUUCCAGUGCCAGGUGUGCGGGAAAUGCUACAGCUGGAAGAAGGACUGGUACUCCCACGUCAAGUCCCACAGUGUGGCCGAGCCGUUUAAGUGUAAUGUGUGUGGGAAGGAGUUCUUUGAGAAGGCUCUGUUCAGGAGGCACGUGACCAAAGCCACUCACGGGAAGAAAGGCCGAGUAAAGCAGAACCUGGAGAGGGAGUGUGAGCAGUGUGGAAGGAAGUUCACUCAGCUUCGAGAGUACAGACGCCACGUCAACAACCACCAGGGAGUGAAGCCAUUUGAGUGUCUGACUUGUGGUGUCGCCUGGGCUGACGCCCGUUCUCUCAAGCGUCACGUCCGCACGCACACAGGAGAGCGGCCGUACGUGUGCCCCAUGUGCCAGGAGGCCCACAUAGACGCACGCACUCUACGCAAACACAUGGCCAAGUAUCAUGGGGACAACCUCCCCGGGAAGAUCAUGCUGGAGAAGGACACCCUCCAGUUCCACAACCAGGGCACCCAGGUUGAGCACGCCGUCAGCAUCCUGGCGUCGGAGCUGCCUCCUGAGCUCCGGCCGGCCCAGCAGCCGCCAUCCGAGGAGAUCGAGACGGUGCUGAUCACCGAGGAGACGGUGGAGGCUGUGGAGGCGGUGCAGGCCGCUCAGGCUGCGGGCGACGGCUCCUUGGCGACGCUCUCAGAUCAGGGCAUCAUGCAGGUCGUGAACUACGUCCUGGCACAGCAGGCCCUCACAGACACCAAGCUCGAGGAAGCACCCGAAGUGAUUCAGACCAUGGAGGUGGAGGUCGCUCACUUGGCCGAGGUCGAGUAACUUUGUGCUGCGCGCCAGGAUUCCCACACAGACGAUCACAUUGUUUCUCACAGUCUGUAUAAAAUGUAACAGAAUGUACAAAGAUGACUAUUUUUCUGUGAAUUUAAAUACCAUAAGUGAACCAUAGUGUUUGCUGUCUGUUCAGCCCAAAACUGUGUGUGUGUGUGUGUGUGUGUGUGUGUGUGUGUGUGUGUGUGUGUGUGUGUGUGUGUGUGUGUGUGUGUGUGUGUGUGUGUGUGUGUGUGUGUGUGUGUGUGUGUGUGUGUGUGUGUGUGUGUGGUGUUGUAUGUAUGUCUACGUUCUAUGUAAAUGCUACAUAUACAGUUACAAGAUGAAUUGAUGAGUUACAAGUCUGUGACAUUUGGCACUCAGGAGAAAUAAAAGUAGAAAUGAAGACACAA